UUUAAUUGUUGACAGUCAACAAGUGAAAACAAAUUAAAUUAUCUUGGUGUUGGUUAAUUGUGACACCUUAUAUUUUCUCAAUCGAUCUAAAUUGUUGAUCCUCAUCAAUUAAUUUAUUUUCCUCUUCAAUUCAAUGAUCAUUUUCGUAUCGAAAAAUCAACAACUUCAUUCAAACUGAUUUUCUGAAAAUCUUUUCAUUUCUAUUUCUAGAUCAUUCAAACAAAUCUCAACAUCGACAGUUUUUCAAUUGGUUUAACCUCUAAUUGUUAAUUUCUCUCAGUGAAUGAGUUACAUGUUUAAUUACAAUUAACUUGAUCAUUAGCUAUGCCAUCAAAUACUAACUUCAAGCAAUCUGAAUCAAUGAAUGAUUUAUCGGUUUCAAGUAUCGAGUCUGUGGAGAUUAACAAUGCAAAUAAAGGCCAAUUAGUUAAUCAAUAUUCACCAGCAAUCAGCCGAUCAUCAUUGUUGAUUAACCACCAACAGACUGAACCUGUACCCACCUCUAAUAACAAUGUAAAAUUAUCUAAUAAAACUGAUAAGUUUACACUUCCGUUGGCACUUGGUUCUAGUUUAGCGAUGCUUUUAGGUUCGAUUCCCUCUGGAUACAAUGUCGGAGUCGUUAAUACCCCGCAAAUGGUUCUUAAAUCUUUCUGUAACGAAACUUUAAUUGAGCGAGGUAUUCAUAUUUCCUCAACGAAACUUGACUUUCUAUGGUCAGUUUGUGUGUCCAGUUUACUUCUUGGAGCAAUUGUAGCAACAAAUUUCAGCAAUCAAUUGGCAAAUUGGACUGGAAGAAAAGGUGCUCUUCUCAUCUCUGGAUUAUUUGGUAUUAUCGGUUCCAUCCUAUUCUUUGGUUCAUAUUAUUUACGAUUUGUUCCAAUUCUUGUUGUUGCAAGAUUCAUCUCAGGAAUUCAUUCAGGUCUCACCUCAGGAUUGGUUCCUCUUUAUAUCGCUGAGAUUUCACCUGAAAACUUGAAAGGAGCAAUGGGAGUUUUUCAUGUCAUUGGACUGAACUUCGGUAUGUUGCUCGGUCAAAUAUUGGGUCAAGAAACUUCUGGAACUGAGAAAUGUUGGUCACUACUUUUGGGUCUAUCAGCCAUCUUCAUACUUCUUGGAUCGACACUUUACAAAUCAAGUCCAUCUAGUCCAGUUUAUCUGUUUAUCGUAAAAAAUAAAUUCAAAAAAGCAAUCAAAGAAUUGGCACUUAUUCGUCGUUCAUCUGUGUCACAGAUGGAAGAUGAAAUUGCUGUUCUAAAGAAAGAACAUAAAGAACAAGAAGCCAACAAAUCGAACUGGACAUUUUUCUCUGUAUUAUCGUCGCCCGAAUAUCGAGGAAAAGUUCUGUUGAUUAUUCUAAUUCACAUCGGUCAACAAUUCUCUGGUAUAAAUGCUGUUUUUUACUAUUCAACUUCUACAUUCUAUCAACUUGGAAUGACCAUGAAACAGGCUCAAUAUGGUUCCAUCGCUCUUGGUUUCAUCAACGCGUUCACGUGUUUCGUUGCGAUGCCUUUAUUGAAAAAAUGGCGACGUCGAACUUUGUUAUUCCUUAGCAUUUGGGGAGGAGUUUUUUGCCUAAUCGGUUUAACGAUCAUGAUUAAGAUUAAGGAUUCAUAUUCUUGGGCUCCAAUUGCAACCGUUGGAUUUUUCUUGGUAUUUGCUUUCAUAUUUGCCGUUGGAAAUGGUCCGAUUCCAUGGUUAAUUCCUGCUGAAAUGUUACCACAAGCAACUUUAGGCGCUGUUUGUGGAAUCGGCGGCUUGAUUAAUUGGCUUGGUAAUUUCAUCGUCGCUCUUUCAUUCCCAGUUCUUGAUAAUCUACUGGGUGAUUCUGUUUUCUUGAUCUAUGCUAUUUUCUGUACAUUUGAAGGAAUCAUCCUCUUCUUUUAUCUUCCUGAAACAAAUACCUUUACCAAGACAAUCUCAACAGAAAUCAUCUUACCUUCAUCAUCAACAGCAACAUCCACAUCUUCAUCACCAUUACCCAAACCAGCUGAUUCUCAGCAACAUGAUGAAGAUUAAUUUUCAAUCCGAUUUUUUUUAUCAUUCACAUUAUUUUUUGAUCAUUUUAAGGUUGAAAAUCAAUCAUCAACUGUUGGGCGAUUAAUCGUCAUUUUAUAUAUUUAAUAUAUUCACUUUGUGUCAACCAAUAAUUGCCAUGAAAAUCAGUAACAAAUUAAGCCAAUAAUUUGAUUACUUAAUGAUAAUCUCAUCAAUUCAUCUUCAUCAUUGUCAUCAUUUGUUAUUGUUUCAUUUCAUCUUUUGCAUUUUCUUCACCAAAUUUUCACCAAACAAUUUCAUUACCUUUUGUUAUCAUUGUUAUGAACUUCUCUGAUUGUUAUCAUGAUUGAAUAGAAUUAAAUUUUACAAUCUUAAUUAUGACAACGGAA